UGCAUCAGCUGCUAUCUGUUUAUUAAGUUACAUGUGCGUAGUCUGACAGCCCCGGUGUUUCAUAUUUUUCUGUUGAUUUUGAUAGUUUUCUGUUAGUUCGUGAAUGUGAAUAUUGUAUUUAUUUAUCAGCAAAAAUAGAAAAAAGGUGUUACUGAAUCAUUUAUUACACCAGUGAUAACGUUUGUCAGUAUUUUGCGGUUGUGUAUUUAAGAAAAUUACUCUAGUUGAUUAGAAUAUUUAUACUAGUUGAAGAAUCUGUGAUAAAUCAUGUAUACGAAUGGGAAUGGUGUCUGUUCUACCAAUGGUCAACAUAAACAUUUAGAUGUUCCUGGACAAAAGGAACAUCACGAAGAUGAAAAUGGAACAAAUGGAAACGACAAAGAGGCUACCAGAUACCCAGAUGGAUCCGUACGAUUACGAAACCCCCACAUCGAACUUAUGGACCAAGACAUUUUAUAUCAUCUAGCUCUGGGAAGCGAGUCUCACGAUCUUAUUGAAAUGUUCGGUGAUAUCAAAUUCGUGUGUAUGGGAGGAACACCAAAGAGAAUGGAAAAUUUUGCCGAAUAUAUCAUGAAAGAGAUUGGCCAUAAAUUACCAACUGGAACUCAGUUAAUGGAUAUAAGUCAGUAUUCUUAUCGCUACAGUAUGUACAAAGUGGGGCCUGUAUUAUCUAUUAGUCACGGCAUGGGUGCCCCAUCCAUUGGUAUCCUUCUUCACGAAGUGAUAAAACUAAUGUACCACGCGAAAUGUAGGGAUCCAAUUUUCUUUAGGAUUGGAACGUGUGGAGGCAUUGGUCUUGAAGGAGGUACCGUAGUCAUUUCUGACGAUGCAGCUGAUGGAAUGAUGAAUAAAUAUUAUCAAGUGCCAAUUCUUGGAAAAAUUACUAAAAGACCUGCAAAAUUGGACAAAAAACUAGUUCGGGAACUCAAAGCCUUAGCAAAUUCUGAAGAUCCUUAUGACACCGUGACGGGUACCACCAUGUGUGCUGAUGAUUUCUAUGAAGGCCAAGGAAGAUUAGAUGGAGCAUUCUGUGAAUAUACCGAAGCUGAAAAAAUGGAAUACUUGGAACGGUUAGUAAGCAACGGAAUCAAAAACAUUGAAAUGGAAGCUACUACAUUUGCUGCUCUUACUCACCACGCUGGAAUCAGCGCCGCAAUUGUUUGCGUCACUCUUCUGGAUAGAUUAAAAGGAGAUCAGGUGGCAACUCCAAAGGAGGUACUUACCGAAUGGCAACUCAGACCUCAGAUACUAGUAGCCCGAUACAUCAAGAGGUAUUUACAAACCAAAGGCCGAAUAUCAUUCGACGGACAUGGAUCUAUGGCUGUGAAGAGUCCAAGACGUUUCAAACUUGUUCAACAAGAAUCCCAAACGUUUGAAUAAACUAAUUUAUUUGCAUUUAGAUGUUUGUGGGCAUAAGAUGCUAAUACCGGACGUCUCAUAAUAUAGAAAAUAUUAUAAUACUGACUUUAUAAAAGUCUUUUAAGGUGAUAAUCUUAAUAUUUAUUAUCAUGUGUACAUUGUGCUUGCAGGAAUGUAGUUAUUAUAUUUUAAAAGUGAUUGAAUAUGGGACGUCCGGUAUGUUAAUUUUUCUUCUUGAGUUAUGGAACUUGGAUUCUAAGAUUUUAAAUCAUUCAGGAUUUGUACUAAUUAACGGAAAACGCGGAGAUACUGUUAAAGAUUUUCUGAUACUGUUACACAUUGUUCUUCCAAACCUUUAAACGAUUAACUGAUAACUAUAGACAACAAAAGAUGCGUGGAAGUGUAUGCUAAGUGCAGUUUGAGGUCUCGUCACAAUGGCACUUAGAAAGAAUAGGUCUCCUGGAAUUAUGCAGGUAGUACGCAGACAUUGUUUUUAAGUCAGUUACGAGUUUCUCUUCUACUGUGUGAUAGGCUGCUGUCAGAUCGACGAAAGCAGCCCCUGUUAUGUUUUUCUUUGAAGCCCUCUUCAAUAUGUUCUAUUAAUGGUAGGGAUGUUCGAUAUUCACCAAAGUAUCGAUACGUAUUGUUAGGUUCUGUAUCGAUACCCUAUGAUAUCGUAAUCAAAAGUAUCGAUAUUGCAAGUAUCGAUACAAAAUAUCGACAUCUUUAUUCUGACAUGUACGCAUGCGCAGUAUGGUGUCCGUCCCUUAUUUUUGUCCUGUAAUAAAAUGCAGACCACCUGGCCCACCCACCUAUAAUAUUCAAAGAAAAUAAAGGACAAACUUUGGAAGGAAAAUAAAGGACAAAGAAUUCUCCAAACCGGUGUUGCAAAACGUAUUGCAUAAAAUAAGGAGUUGAAUUUUCGAUACGAUAUUAUGAUUCAGUGUAUCGAUACACAGUAUCGAUACCAACUAAUGUAUCGAUACAAAAUAUCGAGUAUCGAAAUAUAAAGUAUCGAUACCUCAAAGUAUCGAUACGUAUCGAACAUCCCUAAUUAAUGGGAAGACUUGACCGGUGCAAGAUUUGCCGGGUCUGAAUCCUCCUUUUUGUGGUAUGAGGUGCUUUUCCACAUUUUUUUCUUUUCUGGCCAGGUUGAGUCUCUCGUAUACCCAAUUGGAAAAAGUGACACAAUAGGGAAAUCGGUAUGUAGCUACUGGGAUUUUCCGAGUCCUUUUUGGAUCCUAAGAUCCAUUUUUUGCUCCUUGGCAUAGAUUCUGUAUUUUUGUUGACUGUCAUUCACACCUGCAUCUUUUCCGUUUUUUAAUCAGUUCAUACCUUCGUGGAAUGUUUUUAGUAUAAAUGGAGUUCCUAGGUGGUGUGUUUCCUAGAAAUAGAAAUAAAAAUAAAACGUAGAAUAGCAAUGACUAAAACUACUUUUAUGAUAAUGAAGUUUACAAUAAUCAUCUCAGUUAUAGUCUAAGAGCUAGUGAACCCUCCGACUAACGGUCGUCCUGUAAGGCUAAAAAUUUUUUUAGUGAUAAUUCAUAGCACACCAAGGAUAAAAACCAUGACCUGGCAGGCCUCAGCGGUGCACGUGUAUCUACCAGGUGAAUCGAAAAGUGCAAAUUUAGGGGGUAAAAUAAACUUUCCCCUGUACGGUUUAAAUUUAAGUAUGUGUUUGAGUAAGUCAUUCAGAAGAAAUGUGUACAAUGACAGGCGAUUCUGAAGAGCAUAAGACCUUGCCAGGCGAGGGGAAAGAUUAGGGGUUUUUCCUAAAAUGAUUCUUUUUGCAUCGAACAAUUUUUUUUAGGUUUUUUGAAUCAUUUCAAACAGAAAACGUCUUUAGUGAUUUUUCUCUUAAGUUAUUAGUUUUUGUUAUAUGAGCGAUUGAAAAUUUUGAAAAUUGAGAAAUCGGCCAUUUUUAACCCUAAAUCGGACAUUUAUCUAAAAAUUUCAAUGUUGCCAAGGUACGUAGAUAUUCUUUAAAUAUUGAUUGAUGAAAUCCCGAAGAGUUUUUUGCAAUAAAAUAUCGAAAACCCCUUUGAUUUUUUAAUUGCUAAUCAAGCGUGUGCGACACUGUAGUAUAAGUGAGGACGUUUGAGUUUGCAUAAAUUCAUUAUCUCGAGAAUAAGCAAAUUUCAAGAGAAAUCCUCAGACAGGUCGAUUUUUAUUUUUGAAUUAGGACUUUUUGGCAUAUAUAUAAUACUAGUGACGUCAUCCAUCUGGGCGUGAUGACGUAAUCGAUGAUUUUUUUAAAUAAGAGUAGGGGUUGUAUGAUAGCUCAUUUGAAAGGUUAUUUAAUUUUCUAUUCAAUAGUAUAAACAUUAACAUAAUUAUUUAUACAGGGUGUACAAAAACAAUUUUCUUCUAUUUGUCAAAUUUAAUCAAAGUUAAUUUAAUAAAAAAAAAUUUUUGUACACCCUGUAUAAAUAAUUAUGUUAAUGUUUAUAUUAGUAAAUAUAAAAAUUCAAUAAACUUUCAAAUGAGCUAUCACACAACCCCUAUUCUCAUUUAAAAAAAAUCAUCGAUUACGUCAUCACGCUCAGAUGGAUGACGUCACUAGUAUUAUAUAUAUGCCAAAAAGUCCUACCUAAUUUAAAAAUAAAAAUCGACCCGUCUGAGGAUUUCUCUUGAAAUUUGCCCGUUCUCGAGAUAUGAAUUUAUGCAAACUCAAACGUCCUCACUUAUACUACAGUGUCGCACCUGCUUGAUUAGCAAUUAAAAAAACAAAGGGGUUUUCGAUAUUUUAUUGCAAAAAACUCUUCGGGAUUUUAUCAAUUAAUGUUUAAAGAAUAUCUACGUAUCUUGGCAACAUUGAAAUUUUUAGAUAAAUGUCCGAUUUAGGGUUAAAAAUGGCCGAUUUCGCAAUUUUCAAAAUUUUCAAUCGCUCAUAUACAAAAACUAUUAACUUAAGAGAAAAAUCACUAAAAACGUUUUCUGUUUGAAAUGAUUCAAAAAACCUAAAAAAAAUUGUUCGAUGCAAAAAGAAUAAUUUUAGGAAAAACCCCUAAUUUUUCCCCUCGCCUGGCAAGGUCUUAUGCUCUUCAGAAUCGCCUGUCAUUGUACACAUUUCUUCUGAAUGACUUACUCAAACACAUACUUAAAUUUAAACCUUACAGGAGAAAGUUUAUUUUACAUCCUAAAUUUGCACUUUUCGAUUCACCUGGUAGAUACACGUGCACCACUGAGGCCUGCCAGGUCAUGGUUUUUAGCCUUGGUGUGCUAUGAAUUAUCACUAGAAAAAUUUCUAGCCUUACAGGACGACCGUUAGUCGGAGGGUUCACUAGCUCUUAGACUAUAAGAACUAAGACAAAGAAUGGUUAAGUGCUAUGUUUGGUCCGUACUUUUGUAUAGUGCAGAAGUGUGGACGCUAAAAGUAUCGAUCAUGAACAGAAUUGAAACAUUGGAAAUGUGGAUUCAUAGGCGGAUUCUGAAGAUACUUUGGACAGCAAGGAAAACUAAUGAAGAAGUACUAAAGAGGGUCAACAAAGAUAGAGACCUGCUAAAGACUGUUUAAACAUCGAAAAAUGUCUUACCUGGAACAUAUAGUGAGGGGAAGUCGAUAUAAAAUAUUACAACUGAUCUUUAAAUGCAAAAUAGAGGGCCGUAGAGGUGUAGGAAGAAAACUUGUUUCUUGGUUAAAAAACAUUCGUGAAUGGACUCAGACAAAUGCAGGAUAACUAUUCCAUAUUGCAGAAGAUCGAGAAGCCUUCGCAACGGUGAUCGCCAACGUCGGAUAAUUCUGAUAUGGCACGUGAAGAAGAAGAAGAAGGUGGUGUGUCUCAUGAUUCAGUCUUCUUCUAGUGUUUGGCUCUUUAUAUAGGUUAUUAGUUCUUCCAUUCACAAGGAGUUAAGUAGCGACUUGGUUUGCUGUAACCUUGAUGAUAUAAAGUGAAAAUGGGAAAGAUAUGCAAAGCAGAACAGUGUGUAUUUUCUUCCUUUAUGCCGUAUAUGUUUCGAUUGAACGGAUAGAUGGACAAAAACUAUUUAGAGUUGGACAAACUUGUGGAUGUACGCAUGCUUUGCAAAUGUCGUGUUUGUUACAAGAUAAUAGUCCACAGUACAUCGUCCUUUUUGUAAGAUGAUUACAAAAGUCUUAAAAUGGUCUUAACUGCUUCGUUAGAGCGAGUCUGCCACUUUCUGAAACAUUUCAGAGUGCAGGUUGGACGUGUUUCCGCGUCAUUACAAUAUUGACGUUGUCGGACUAAUGAAACAAGGCUGUAAAUUUGUCGGACAAGAGAUCGGCAAUAUUUAUUAAUUAAAUAUAAGUAUGUACCUAUUUUCAAUUGAAAAUUAAGAGUGAAUAACAAAACUACCGCGCUAGAGUGGUCAGAUAAAAAUAAUUUAUUUUAUUUUAACGUAUAAUCUUUUGAUUAAAAUUAAAAUUUUUAUAGUUUUGCAAUAACAAAACCUAACCGCGCUGGAGCUACAGGCAUUUUUAAGACUUUUGUAAGCAUCUUCCAAAAAGAAUGAUGAACUGAGGACUAUAAUGUCAAAUCUCCAUUAGCAGUGUCUCCGAUGUUAUAAUACAUAUUUCAAAUUUAGAUUAUCUAGUUUAUUUUUUUUUACAUUUUACAAAUUUCAAUUGUUAACAAUUUUACUAUUUUAAAUAACUAAAUACUGAUUGCUUUAAGUCAAUUUUUCUAGGUAGUACUUCAAACAUUCCUAAAUAAUAAUUAUUUAUUUACAUAUUUUAGUUGUUUUUAUUGAUAGUAAACUUGUAAAUACAUAUUCAACUCUUGUUGUAUGUAUCAACUGUUCUAGGGCUUUUGAUGAUCCUUAUAGAUGAAGUGUUCUUACCAUGUACUAACUCUUCUUCUCUGGAUUGUCCUGUUUUUUAAGAAUUUAACUCUGUUGUCGCUAAAAAUGGCUAAAUAUUUAUUAUCCAAACAUAUCAUACUGAGACUACGUUGUUCACAAAAAAUCAGUCGAGACCACUUAUAUAAACUCAUAAUAUUAAAUGUAGCUAUUGUUAUUACUUAAGUGAACGCAAACAGAGCCCAGAAGAGCAGAAAUAUCUUAGCAUGCUUUUUCAUUACACCUUAGAGAACCGUCAGAAAAAUCCUAAUUAGAAAAACUAGGUUUGUUCCAACCCGCCACAAAAACCGUUAUUGAACGGUUACGAGUAUGCACAGUAACGAAAAAUGUGUUAUUUACUGCGCCUAAUUAUUCGUUAUUGUGCAUGCGCGUAACGAUUCAAGAACGGUAAUGUGACGGGUUGGAACAAACCUCUUGUGAAAUCAAAUUGACAUUUUAUGAUUUGUAAAGUAUUAAGUUAGCAGCAAGCGUCAUUUAAAUCUAAAUUCCUCAACCUCUCCUACUCUAAUUACGAUUUUUUUGGCGUCUCGUUACUACACUUCAAACAGGGUUUAGGUUAAAAUAAAUGAGAAUUUUUAUUUAUAAAUUAUUUUAUGUAAUAUUAAAAGUUACAUGCUUG